AUGAAUACCGUGACCGCCGGUCUGCGCAGCUUCUCGCCGCCGUUCAAACCCCGUUUCGCAGAUGCUCCUGCCGGCGGCGAGUGGACCUCCUACAAACAUCACUCCGAUUACCGCUCAAGUUAUCUCAACGGCCACCGCCCAGACAGAGACAUGGAGCCGCCCCAAAAGCCGGUCGGCAAGAUGCCUACCUACGACACCAGCAACGGCUCGUCUCGCAGUCUCGGCCUCUCCAAGCUCUUUGAAAACGUCCCCAUGAGCCACAAAUCUUUUCUCGACCCGGAAUACGAGGUUGAGAUGCUCAGACAUAAACGUGACGUCUUGCAAUCCGUCGUCGACUCGCACGAUAUCUCCCGCGGCGUCCCCGUUCUCUCCCAUUUAGACGAGUGCCGCAUGCUGCAAUACAUGUGCGAAUGUCUCGAAGCCGCCUGCAUGCUCAAAGGCAUCGAUGCCAACCAGCAGCUCCGAGCUUCUUCGGGCAGUGCUCCUGCCAGCUUCAGACCUUGGCUUUCACGUAACCUCACCAAGCAGGACCCCGUCUUUGCAAGCAUCAUCGCCGGAGCCAAGAACCUAGACGAUCUCCCGCGUACUCUCAAGUGUCCCGUCCGCGGCUGUCGCCAUUACGUUUAUGGUUUCGCUACUAAGGAAGAGCUGGAGGCACACACGCGCACUCACUUGGUCGCUGGUGAGGAGCUUCUCCAAGACCAAGACGAAAUCAAUGCCCGCCGUACCACACAGUACCCCGGCAGACCCGAGAUGGAUCCCGUACAGCAACCUCGCACACCACCUGAGCAGCGCGAGCCCAUCGACAGAGACUACGCUCGCGCCGAUGGCAUGGAUGGCAUUCAACCUCACGCCUUUAUGCGCCCCAAGUCACCUACCUUGACUGGCACCACCCUCUCGCCCAAUCCCGAUGCGACCUAUGGCGAAGCCCAUCAUCGCCACUUGCCCUCGGAACCUCACUUCUCCCCCCGGAUGCGUCCGUCGGAACCAGAGUAUCGACGCGAAUCUAUGCACCUGGAUUCUCGUCGUGAGUCACAGCACGAGACAUUACCACCUAUAAGACAACUUGAUCUGCCCUCCGAACAGGGCUCCCAGCAACACAGCUACAUGUCGGCAUCGCAGUCCCAGGCCCUCCCGACCCAACCCGGCCACCUACCGCGUAUCGAUUCGUUCGCCGGCUCCCUUCGCUCCGAAGCCCCCUCGUCUCCCCGGGUUCGUGCCCGAACUGAUCGCGGCGCCGAUGCUCAAACCUCGUUUAGUGGCCAGGAUUCCUUACCCCCAUUUUCCGCUCUGGACCCUGCCAGAAACACGAAUCCUGCUCGCCUCGACCCAAUUCGGCAGCAAGUCAAGACUGAAUCUGUACAGAUCAAGCCAGAGCCGAAACAACACCCCGAAGAGCCUUGCCCUCGUUGCACGGGCCAAGAAGCCGGCCCCUGCAGGUGCAUCGUUCCCCUGAGAGACGACGACUCGCACUGGUACCGCGUCGACACAUAUCGAGGUACGAUUGCCUCUGUCGCCAAGAGCCUGGUGCCCGGUUCCUCUAUCGGCGAGCGGACUGCCCGACAAGGGAAUCUGUUGGCCGGCCCCAUUCGUCAAAAUGCUGUGCGUAAGCUCCGCCGUGAUGUCGACGAACACCUUCGAUCUGUUCUGCGUUUCCCUGAUAACAUCCGUGGUGGUAUCCGUGACACGACUGAUUUUAACGACUCCUUCUGGCGCAUGGGCGAUCUGAGCCACGAGAAGAAUAUUAUCGAGCAGAUCGUUGCCACCAAAGACUGGAACAUCUUCACGCCGCCGCCUGCCAUUCUCUCCACCCUUCUCUACACCAACCUCAGAACACAGCAACCGUACGACAUUAUCCAUGUUAUUGGCACAACCGGCAAACUCUCUUCCAGUCGACGCGAUGAGGAAUUCACCAACCCGGCCCUCUUCCACGCCAAGCACUUGCUCCGCGAGGUCGCCUUUUACGGCCUCUCUGGCAGCAACCCCUUCAUUAGCGCGCCUUUUGCAGAGAGACGCGGGCCACCCUUCCCGGAGGAGGCUCUUCGAGUCGAUCAAGCCGAGGUCGUUGAAGCCUGCAUGGCUACCUUCCUUCGCGCCUUUGAGGCCAGCUGCAGAGACGGCAAGGAGAAGACGCCAAAGCAGUGGAUCGCCCUAUUCUCGUCCCUUGUUAUCUUUCAUCUGUCUGGUGUCAUGCUCGGCGGAGCUGCAAAGGCCUCCCUGGAACAUCCAGUCAAUGCUGAUGACCACGCAUUUGCCCUCGCGUUCUGGGACACCAUCCGCAGCAGCUUUGAUGUGCUGCUUGAUCUUUUCUUUGAUCUUGGCCCUAUGCUUUUCGACAGAGUUUCUCAAGAUUGGAAUGAAGGCGACAUUAGGGCAUAUGACAUGACGGCCAAAGCUCUUCUGUAUGGCGAUUGGAAGAGCAAGGGCAUUAACAAUUCAGAAGAGUUUUUGUUGGCCCUCUCCUCCUUCACCUUUGAGGAGUCUAUCGAUUCCAUGAGACAGGUGUCUAGGACACAGAGCCUGCACGGCGGGGCAAGAGGUCCUCGAUCGGAAACCUCUCGAUCGCAUUAUGAGCCUGUACCAAGAGCUUACACCGAUCGAGGCGAGCCUGUGCCGAAAGCAUACACUGAUCGCGGAGCUCGAGUCUCUCGCCUGCAGACUGACUAUAGAACUGGCAGCGCUGAUUACAAGUCGCGGGACUAUGGGUCAGUGUCAGCUCGCAGCGACUAUGCUCACUCCGAGGCUGGUUCAUCUAGGGUCCACGAUUAUCUCCGUGACGGACGGAUAAACGAUCGCACAUGGAACCACUCUGUCCCCUCGCGCCGUUCAUCACCAGGACCCACAGAAGCUGACUCGUUGUCCCCUACCGGCAUCGUCUCCCCUGAUGGACGGUCGCCAAUGUCGAUGGCUAAUCUGAUAGGCAAGGCUCUUCAUGCACCGAGGCCACUAAGCCCGAGAAGCGAGGCGAGAAGCGAAGUGAGAAGUGAGGUGGGAUACGGAUAUUCGAGACGUCAUGAUAACCGCAUGGCUUCCCACGGCGUUGCAUCUUUGGAUCGCCGCCCGAUGACCGGCUCAUCUCACUCCGUCACUCCAUCCCGCCGUGACAGCAGCGCGCCCGUUGCCAUUCCCUCGGGACCGCCGAACAUCAAGCCAACCUACCAACGGCCCCCACUGCGCCGCGUGUACUGCACUCAUUGCAAUGACUACCCCGAGGGUUUCCGUGGCGAGCACGAGCUGCGCCGUCACACACAUGCGCGUCAUGCGGCUCUGGUUCGCCGUUGGGUAUGCCGAGAGCCUCCCAGGAGACAUCCAAACCAACCUUGGACGUCGGUUCCCCUCAACACUUGCAAGUCGUGCAUGGCUCAAAAGAGUUACGGAGCCUACUACAACGCCGCGGCGCACCUGCGUCGAGCGCACUUUCCGCCCACACGUAAUGGAAAGUCUGCGAGUGACUGGCCCUCCAUGUCUGUCCUCAAGGAAUGGAUGCAGGAAGUUUGCGUUGCUCCCGACUCGGCGAGCGAGGCCAAGGGCAAGGGGAAAGGCCGGGCCACUUCUGACGGGCAAAUCGUCGACCUGGACAGUGAUGACGAGAUGGAGGAUGUGAAUGGGCAGGAGAGCGUGGAACCCGCCAACCACGCGAAUACCGAAACUUCUCCCACAAACACCAGAACGAGCGACUCCCCAGACGAACCGGCAGGCGGGCAAAAGUGCCCGUACCCAGAGUGUGGAAGGGUGCUACGUGACCUUGCCGCGCACAUGCUGACGCACCAGGCUGAGCGACCGGAAAAGUGUCCCGUCCCUUCGUGCGUGUACCACACCAAAGGCUUCGCGCGCAAGUAUGACAAGAACCGCCAUGCACUGACGCAUUACCGCGGCACUCUGAUCUGCCCUCUGUGCCCGACCAAGGGCGACAGUGUCGAGAGCGUCUUUAGCCGCGCCGACGUAUUCAAGAGGCAUCUCGCGUCGGUGCACAGCGUCGAAACCAGCACUGGCCCGCAGACGAACGGCGAAGAAGCCCCUGCCACCGCCGAGCUGUCGGCGUCCAUGAUGUCGCGUCCCGUAGCGGACCCCAAGACGCUGCAAAAUGAGGGCCGCUGUUCCAUCUGCGACGGGUACUACCCCUACGCCCAGGAAUUCUACGAGCACCUGGAUGAGUGCGUGCUGGCGGCGCUCGUGGCUCCCGAGUCGCUAGCGAACGCACAGCCUGGCCGAGCUUAUGCCUCGAUGCCGCCACCACCUCCUCCACGCACAGGCUCUCCGACAUACUCGGUCGGCUCGGGCCGCUCGCAGACAACCCAGGGCAGCCGCCUGCAGCCCCCGGGGACUGCCAUGUCGGUGCCAUACGGCUACCGCCAGUACUCGGACCACGGCUCGCGGCCAGGCAGCGCGGCGUCAGCCCGCAGCUUCGACUCUGGGCGCCGGUCGGGCUUGAUUCACGUGCAUGCACACACGCAACUGCACGCUCCGCGGCCGAUGGGUGUACCUCUGCCACCGCCAUCCACGUGUGGCUCGUUUGACUCGGAUUUGAAUUAG